UCACACGUGAAUUUCCUGUUCUGAAUGUUUUCUAUUCGAGCCCCCAACUGCUUUUUAUCUCCCUCUGUCUCUCUCUCUCUCUCUUUUCCUCCCCACUGUUGUAGGGCUGGUGGUUGGUGAAAUAUUCAAUUCUCAUUCUUAGAUUUAGAUUUUCAGCUUGUAUUAUUAUAGCUCCCAAUCAAUUUAUGGAAACCAAAUGAAGCACUCGGGUUAGUAGAGCUUCCGAAUCAAUUGGAGGCAGCAGUGGAUACAUCUUGUACUGCUCAAGUUGAUUUUGCAGUUGACUAAAAUGAACGCAGCCUGGUUUCUUUUGUUGCUUUCUCUCCAUUUCGGAGUGUUCAAAAUUGGGUAUGGUAGAAAUGCUUCUACAAGACCGCCUGUUGUAAAUAUUGGAGCAAUAUUUUCAUUUGACACUACCGUUGGAAGGGUUGCCAAGAUUGCUAUCAAUGAAGCUGUGAAAGAUGUCAACUCCAAUUUAAGUAUCCUCCAAGGGACAAAACUUGCUGUAACAAUGCAAGAUUCCAAUUGCAGUGGGUUUGUUGGCAUGGUCGAAGCUUUGCAGUACAUGGAGACUGAUGUCGUUGCCAUUAUAGGUCCACAAUGUGCUGUAGUUGCGCAUAUUAUAUCACAUGUUGCAAAUGAACUCCAAGUUCCUCUACUAUCAUUCGCAGUUACAGAUCCCACCCUUUCUUCCCUUCAGUUCCCUUUUUUUGUUAGGACAACUCAAAGUGAUUUGUAUCAAAUGACUGCUGUGGCUGAGAUUGUUGAACAUUAUGGUUGGAAGGAGGUCAUUGCAAUCUUUAUAGAUGAUGAUGGAGGGCGGAAUGGUGUGUCCGCCUUAAAUGAUAAACUUGCAGAGAGGCGCUGCAGAAUCUCCUACAAGGUAGGUAUUCCACCAGAUUCUGUAGCGAAUCGGGGUGCCAUCAUGGAUAUUCUUGUUAAGGUUGCAUUAAUGCAAUCUCGAAUUGUUGUCCUGCAUGUAAAUUCUAUGAUAGGUUUUAAGGUUUUCUCUGUGGCAAACUAUCUUGGAAUGAUGGGCAAUGGGUAUGUGUGGAUAGCUACAGAUUGGCUUUCAUCAGUUUUGGAUUCUGAUUCUCCUUUGCCUUCUGAGACCAUGGAAACAAUACAAGGAGUUCUAACUUUGCGCCCACACACCCCUGAUUCAGAUCGAAAGAGAGCCUUUUUCUCUAGGUGGAAUAAGAUAACUGGAGGUUCUCUGGGGUUGAACACUUACGGGCUGUAUGCUUAUGAUUCAGUUUGGCUGCUUGCUCAUGCUCUUGAUGAUUUUUUUAACCAGGGUGGGAUUAUCUCAUUCUCUAAUGAUUCUAGGAUUAGCUCUGUGGCAGGCAGUACUCUCCACCUUGACGCAAUGAGCAUUUUUGAUGAUGGAAUGCUCUUGCUGAAGAACAUAUUGCUGAGUAAUUUUGUUGGUUUGACAGGUCCUCUUAAGUUUAAUACAGACAGGUCACUUAUUCUUCCAGCAUAUGAUAUCAUUAAUGUGCUUGGAACUGGGUUUCGACGGAUCGGGUACUGGUCAAACUAUUCUGGUUUAUCCACUGUAUCUCCCGAGACACUUUAUACGAGGCAACCGAACCGUUCAAGUGCAAGUCAAAAACUAUACAGUGUUAUUUGGCCAGGGGAGACAUCGUCCAAGCCUCGUGGAUGGGUUUUUCCGAACAAUGGAAAGCAAUUGCGAAUUGGUGUUCCCAAUAGGGCCAGUUAUCGGGAAUUUGUAUCACGAGUGCGAGGAACUGAUUUUUUCAAGGGAUUUUGUAUAGAUAUAUUUACAGCUGCUGUAAAUUUGCUGCCAUAUGCUGUUCCAUAUAAAUUUAUCUCCUUUGGAGAUGGUCGUAAUAACCCAAGCUAUACAGAGCUUGUGAAUAAGAUCACAACGGGUGACUUUGAUGCUGUUGUUGGUGACAUUGCCAUCGUCACAAAUCGAACAAAGACAGUGGAUUUUACACAGCCUUAUAUUUCAUCUGGACUGGUUAUCGUUUCUCCAUUUAAGAAGCAGAACACUGGUGCUUGGGCUUUUUUGCGGCCGUUCAGUCCGCGUAUGUGGAUUGUCACAGGUUCCUUUUUUCUCGUUGUUGGAAUAGUUGUGUGGAUCCUGGAGCACAGGAUCAAUGAUGAUUUUAGGGGCCCACCUAAACAUCAAGUUAUAACCAUUUUAUGGUUUAGCUUCUCAACUCUGUUUUUUGCCCACAGAGAGAAUACUAUGAGCACCCUUGGCCGUCUAGUGCUAAUUAUAUGGCUUUUUGUGGUUUUAAUAAUCAACUCGAGUUACACUGCAAGUCUGACAUCAAUCCUCACAGUUCAGCAGUUAUCUUCUCCGAUUAAAGGAAUUGACAGCUUGAUAAAAAGUGAUGAGCCUAUUGGAUUUCAAGUUGGUUCUUUUGCUGAACAUUAUCUAAGCCAGGAACUUAACAUAUCUAGAUCUAGGCUUGUUGCCCUUGGGUCACCUGAAGCAUAUGCUUCUGCACUCAAACUUGGUCCUGAAAAAGGAGGUGUUGCUGCUGUGGUUGAUGAACGUCCAUAUAUUGAACUUUUUCUCUCGAGCCAAUGCACAUUCAGGAUUGUAGGUCAAGAAUUUACCAAAAGUGGCUGGGGUUUUGCGUUUCCUCGAGACUCUCCCUUGGCAGUUGAUAUGUCAACUGCAAUUCUAGCACUUGCUGAGAAUGGUGAUCUGCAGCGGAUACGUGACAAGUGGCUUUUGCAAAGCACUUGCAGUUUAGAGAGUACAGAGAUAGAAUCAAACCGACUUCAUCUGUCGAGCUUCUGGGGCCUUUUCCUUAUAUGUGGGAUUGCUUGCUUCAUUGCUCUCUUCAUAUAUUUUCUGCAGAUAUUGCGCCAGUUACGCAGAGUUCCCCCUCCUGAAUCUGCUUCAACUGGUCAGGGUAGCUUACGUUCUGGAGGGCUUCAGAGGUUUUUGUCACUAAUGGAUGAGAAAGAAGACCAAUCAAAAAGUGGGCAGAAGAGAAGGAAAAUAGAAAAAUCAUUAUCUGACAAUGAUAGGGAUGAUGAGUUGGGGAGGAAACCCAAGAGGAGAGAAACAGAAAUGACCAGGAGCGAUGUAAACUCAGGCAAUUAAAUCAGUUCUCAUUGGACAUACCUAGCUGUGCCAUUUCAUGUGAGUCACAUUCCAAACUCUACGUUAAAGCACCGUAACUGUUUAUAUGUGUCCAAAGCAUUACUUCUACAGGAAUAUAUUAAAAGUACAUUUUCCACCACUAGAUUUUAUUUCAAACUCGUUCAUUCAUUCAGAUGAUAAUGUAAACCCAAUGUUGAAUAUAUCAAUAUUUUAGCCAGUCAUCCUUGUAUAAGUUGCAAUUCAAUUAUCAAUAUAUAAAUAUAUGUUUCCAGCUUGGUACUGUGUUUA